AUGGCUCCGUCGCCCCUAGCCAUGGCCCCUCGCGACCUGCCGCCCCUAACCGCGGCCCGGGUGCCCUGUUGCGCCAUGGUGGGUGAGGGGGUGGCAAGAGGGGGUUCCUCCUGCCCGCGUGCCCUUCAGUCGCACGCGCAGCUCCGCCCCCGCCCCCCUCCCCCCCCUCCCCCCCCUCCAUGGGGAUGGCGGGGAGAGGGGGAGGAAACUUGGAGGUUCAGGGGGAGGCAGGAGGGGAUCUGCAGCACCAGUGGGGGGGAAGGGAUCUGCCAUCCCCCUGCUGCGGAUGCAGCAGUUGGGGGAGGGGACCUGCAGCACCAGCCCCCCCCCCCCCGCCCCCCGCCCCCCCCCUUCUCCUCCACCCUUGCUGCGGGUGCAGCAGUGGGGGGAGGGGAUCUGCAUCAGCAGUGGGGGGAGGGGACCUGCAGCACCAGCCCCCCCCCCCCCGCCCCCCCCCCCCCCCCCCCCCCCUUCUCCUCCACCCUUGCUGCGGGUGCAGCAGUGGGGGGAGGGGAUCUGCAUCAGCAGUGGGGGGAGGGGAUUUGCAGCAUCAGCCCCCCCCCCCCCCUCUCCGCCCUUUUCUCCUCUCUCUCUCCCUGCCGCACCCUGUGUUGGGAGGGGGGGGAGCUUGGAGGUGCAGUGGGGGGGAGGGGAUCUGCAGCUACAGCCCCCCCCGCCCCCCCCCCCCCCUUUUUUUUCUCCUCCUCCCCUGCUGCGGUUGCAGCAGUGGGGGGAGGGGAUCUGCAGCAGCAGUGGGGGGAGGGGAGUUGCAGCAUCAGCCACCCCCCCCUUUUCUCCUCCACCCCUGCUGCGGGUGCAGCGGUGGGGGGAGGGGAUCUGCAGCCCUGUGCUGCCCUGCAGCCCUGCGCGCCCUAUGCGCCCUGCUGUCCUGCUGCCCUGCAGCCCUGUGCGCCCUACUGCCCUGCUGCUGCCGCUACAGCCCUUGCUGCUGCCCUGCGCGCCGCGUGCGCCCUGCAGCCCUGCUGCGCCCUGCGCGCCCUGCUGCCCUGCUGCCCUGUGCGCGCCCUGCUGCCCUCUGCACGCGCCAUGCACAGCCCCCCCCCCCACCCCCCCCCCCCCCCGCCCCAACCCCCCCCCCCCCCCCCCUCCCUUCUUCUUCCUUCCCCUGCUGCAGGUGCAGCAGUGGGGUGGGGGUAUGGGGGUGGCGGGUGUGGGUGCAACUGCGGGGUGGCGGGUAUGGGGGUGGCGGGUGUGUGA